GCCCUGCCGGCUGCCCCUCGCUCAGCCGGGGACGUGCCUGCAGGAGCUGCCGCUGGCCAUGCCCCACAGGGCGCUCUGUGCCACUCUGCGCUGCCAGAGGUGGGGGGGCGAAGGCUUGUGGGCUGCAGCCUGGCACGCCGUGACUCGCCCCCCGAGGGCUGCGGCUGGCUGGGCUCUGAGCUGCCUCCUGUGCGUCCUGCGCACCCUGAUGAGCUUCUUCCUGCUGCCCAGCAAGGGACCAGGCGGCCUGGCACCACGGGCAGAGCCCUGGGGGAACAGCCCUGAGCAGAGGGUCUACCGGAGCCGGGGGGCGGGGCUGCCCCUCGUUACCGUCCAGACAGAUCCCUGUGCCUUCCAGGUGGAGCUGGCCCGGCUGGCUGAGGAGAGCGCGUACUUCGGGGCGCUGGCCCGCUCCCAGAUGCAGGAGGCUGCAGAGGGGCGGCUGGUGCUGGAGCACAUCCCAUCGGGCGCCUUCUGCGCCAUCCUGGAGUUUGUCUUCCUGGGGCACUUCAGGCUGGGCGAGGAGGAGCUGCUGCCCGCUGUCCAGGCUGCCAGUUACUUGCUGGUGCCCUCCUUCCUGGAGCAGUGCUGGCUGGCGCUGCGCCCCCUCCUGCGCCCCCACAACUGCCUGUCCUACCUGCGCUUUGCCGAGGCCAUCGGCUGCCCGGAGAUGCGGGCCGUGUUGUGCCAGUACCUGAGCGCCCAGCUCCUGGAGCUGGCCCCCGUCACGGGGCAGCUGGCCCCGGCGCUGCAGGAGGAGUUGGCAGGGCUCCGGAUGCGAGGCCCCCAGCAGCUGUGCGUGCUCCACAAGGAGAACCUGAGGGCCCCGGCCACCCCCGACAUGGAGCCCCUGCGCGGCCUCUACUGCCUCCCCCUGGGCCGGGGGGGCACCUGGCGCCGGGCCACCGGGCUGCCCUUCCGGGCCGACAAGUGGAGCUUCAGUACCGCCCAGCUGCUCAACUACCUGUUCCUCAUCGGCGGCUACCGGGAGCGCCGCGGGGCCCGUGGGUUCGCCUUCCGCAUGGCAGCCUUCCGCUACAACCCGCUGGCUGGCUGCUGGCAGCCCACCGCCCCGCUGCUAAAGCGCCGGCGGCACUUCAGCACAGCGGUGGUGGGGCAGCGGAUUUACGCCAUCGGGGGCUGGUACCUGGACACACUCCUGGCGCCAGACGGCGGCACAGCUCUGUACGCGGCGGUGGAGCGCUACGACCCCUGGAGUGACUCGUGGGCCUUCGUCUCCUCGCUGCCCCUCACCGACUUCACCUUCGCCGUCUCGCUGUCCCACGACCUGCCGCUCUGCGCGGCUCACGCCGGCAGCAUCUACGCCCUGGGCAGCCUGCAGAGGACGGGCGAGAAGCUGCUGCUGCGUUACGACGUCGGGGCAGACACGUGGCAGGAGCUGCUCCCCACGCUGACGCGAGCCGACGCCGACCUACCCGGUCUCUAUUUCCUGGGGGGCUCGGAGCCCCUCUAUGUGGUGGGGGGCAACACCCAGGAGAACGUGGUGAUUUCCUUCAGCCCGGGGGCCCGGCGCUGGGGCCCUGCGCGGAGCCUGGCCAAGUGCAGCCUGGCAGGACAGGGCGUGGCCUGGGGCAGCCGCCUCUUCAUGGCGGCACCGGAGCUGGGCACGGUGCUGGCCCUGGAGCUGGGCUCGCUGGCCUGCUGCCCGCUGCCCGCCCCGCCCUUCCCCCUCUCCUACGAGGCCCUCUUCUUCCUGCACUUCCCGCCGCCCCCCUCGCCCCGUGGGGAGCUGGGCAGUGAGCAGGGGCAGGCGGGGCCAGAGGGCCCCGGGGCCAGCUGGGACAGUGAGGGGACCCCCUCGUGGUGAGCCCGGGUUCACGCCCUGCCAGGAGCGGUGUGCGGCGCACGCCGGGGGGAGGGGCGCUCGUUUGCCCACUGAUGACGCGCUGGCUCGUUAAGGUUGCUGUGAGACGGGCACUGGUGCCACGCGGGUGCUGCGGCCGGUUCCCGGGGCUGUGCGGGGCUGUUGGGGGCGGGUUCUUGCCAGGCGAAGGAUGGACAGGGGCCGACACAGCAGCCUGGGGGGGGGCCCAGACUCCAGGGACCCUUUGUCCGGAUGAGAGGCUGCAGCAGGAAGGGGAGGGGGUCUCCCUAGGGCCAACCCCAGCCGGGGGAGCCAGCCUGGAGCCGGGGCUGGGCCCCCUCACAAGCCCCCAGUUCCCAGGGGCGCUGACCCCUGGGGGAGGAACUCGCAGGGAGCCCCAGGCGGGCGCUGCCCAUUCCCGUGGGGGGCUGAGCCUGGUGCCUCCUUUGUCACUGCGCUUCCCCUCCCUCCCCAGCCUGCUCCCAGCCCCCUUGCUCCUUAUUUAUCCCGCUGCCCUUCCACCCACAUACCAGCCGCUAUUUCUGGGGCUGGCUCUG